CUCAUCAGAGUCCGGCGCACUUCCGGGGGGCUUGGUCUGGUCCAGUCAUUCGCCCUCUGGACGGUAGCUGUUAGCUAGGAGUGCGAGCAAAUCCACAAGGAUAACACACAGACGCGUAUAGCCUGAGAUGCAAGGGGCUGGUCCAUGGGUGUAAGCCGACUGGAUGUCUUUUACAGGAGACUGCUCCUCUCCAAACUCUUCAUUGGGGGAUGGGGGAAGCCUGAAGACCUCAAGAGAAUCUUUGAGUUCCGUAAGUACAUUGGUGACAGAGAGCGGUGCGGGUCUCUGGUGCCUGAGGACUAUCCCGUUCACAUCAAUAAGACAGAGGAGCACACUGGCUAUCAGAUCCAUGAAGGGUUCUUCAUUUCUCCUCUGGAGCACCUGGUUCCUGGAAUCCUGCCUCCAGAGGCUGUCAAAGCCAGGUUCCAGUUUAUAGUCCCUAAGAAGUGGCAGAAGAACAGACCAGUAUGUAUCCACUUGGCAGGGACGGGAGACCAUUUCUUCUGGCGUCGGCGGACUCUGAUGGCCAGGCCGAUGGUUAAAGAGGCAGGAAUGGCUUCGCUGCUUCUGGAGAGCCCUUAUUAUGGCUACCGUAAACCCAAAGACCAACUGCGGUCCAGUCUAAAGAAUGUGUCAGACCUACUUGUGAUGGGAGGGGCUUUGAUCCUGGAGUCAACAGUGCUUCUCCGUUGGCUGGAGAGAGAAGGGUACUGGCCACUAGGAAUGACUGGCAUCUCCAUGGGAGGAUAUAUGGCGUCCCUGGCGGUGACAAACUGGCCAAAGCCCAUUCCUCUGAUUCCCUGUUUGUCCUGGUCCACUGCCUCAAGUGUCUUCACCACGGGCGUGCUGAGUAAAGCAGUGAACUGGAAGGAGCUGGAGAAGCAGUAUGCCAUAAACUCAGUGUAUGAAGAAGAGAUCAUAAAGCUGUUGGAGUACUGUGGGGUUGAUUCCUUAAAGAUGGCUCCAGAAUUUGCGAAGAAUGACGACUCUUUGAGCCCGUCUGGGGAUGUCCGAGUGUCUGUGGGUCAGAGCACCAGAGCUGGAGGGGAGGCCGAGGCUGAACUCGUGGACCAAGUGUUAUCAUCAGGGACCAGCGGGGGUGGCCUCGGAUAUCUGCCAAGAAGCCCAGGUGCAAACAACCCACUGCAGGGGACGAAGACGGAGUCGACAAAAUGCUCUCGACCCUCAUUACAUCGAGAGUCUAUAAGCUUCAUGAAGGGAGUGAUGGAUGAAUGCACACACAUGGCCAACUUCUCUGUCCCUGUAGACCCCAGCCUCAUUAUCGUGGUCCAGGCCAAAGAGGACGCCUACAUCCCCCGAACAGGAGUGCUCAGUCUGCAGGAGAUCUGGCCCGGGUGUGAAGUCAGAUAUCUGAAUGGAGGACACAUCAGUGCAUAUCUGUUUAAACAGAGUGUCUUUAGACAGGCCAUAUACGAUACAUUCGACAGAUUCUGCCUGAAGUAUCCCAACAUGCACUAGCCAAGGCAGGCUGAAGCCUUUCCUCCCUGAAACUGCAUCAGGAUCCCUGGCUGGAAAAUGAAUGCCUGUCUAUAGACCAGCUGUCUAAUGUAUCACGUUUCCUAAUUCUUGUAAGAGAUGACAACUGUUGAGUAUCAAAUGUGUUGUUUUCCAGUCCUGCCAGUCUGUAGUUGUCAAACAUCACUCAGGCCUCUAGCUUGAUUUGUUAAACUGGUGUUAACAGACUGGUGAAACACCUUUAACAGUGUGACGCUGUGGAUGGAAACACACCCUGUACAUUCUAAUGGAAAAAACAAUCAAGUAAUGUUAAGUCAAUUCAGCUCACUGUACAGACACUUUUCUAACUGAGAAUUGAUUAAGGAACACUUUUAGCAGAUGUUAUUGUCAUGCAAAUAGAAAUGUUAUUGGUUAUAUUUAUAAUCAAUACGAUUUUCAUAAAUUCAACUCGUUUUUUAUACCAUUACCAAGGUAACAGAAAAUGUAGUAGUGGGCAAUCAGUCCGAGUUGAGUCGAUUGCUGUGCUUUCUAGAAGAUUAUGAAAACCAGGGUUUAGCAUCAUGUGAAAAAUGAAAUUGGCAUAGAAAGAUUCAUGUGGACUAUCAAUCUAUAUAUUUCAUCUUAUUAAUACCCAUCCGACCACGAAGAAAAAGGUUAUAAAAACAAUAUUAUCAACUGGCACAUUUCAAAAAAAUGUUGGGAUGAAAAAUCUAAAAUAAAAAACUGUACUAUAAAUGAAUUUAGUAAUAAUGAAUAAUACUGCAUCAAAUGUUUCCAACAACAACAAGCAAGAGACAAGACAACGUGGACAUCCCCUCCUUCAAUAUUUGUGUAUAUAACUCAUCCUCAGCUACAAGGCCAGCACGUGUGUCCACAUCCUCAGGGAGGGUCUCUCCACUGUAGCACGCUGAGAGAGGUGAGGGGACGGGGCAGUGGGCAGGUCUUCAGCAGGAUUGGCCAUUUUGGGUUACAGAAGUCAAUAUUGUUGUAUUUUCCUGUUUAGCCUCUUGAUGGUGCUGUUCCUAUGAAUAAAUACAGAUAGUGAUGUG